AUGAGUCAGUGGGUGAUCGACAUCAAAACUGAACUCAACAACCGCCGCAAUGCUCAAAUAGAAGGAGAGCAGGGCUGGAGGAAGCGGUCCAUCUACAAGCUCCCUCCCCUCAUCUCCGAGCUCAACGCGAAAGCCUACCAGCCCCAAGCGGUGUCGUUUGGGCCGUACCAUCACGGGGAGCCUCACCUGGAGCUCAUGGAGCAUCACAAGCAACGCGCUUUCCUCCAUUUUCUCGAAAGAUCGCCGGUGUCUCUGGACAUAAUUUUCAACUCCAUGGUUGAAGUGGCACAAGACCUCAAGGAUUCUUAUGACUCGCUCGAGCCCAAGCGGCAACACGAUAUUGAAAAAUUUGUGAAGUUAAUGAUUGUGGAUGAGUGUUUCGUGUUGGAAAUAAUGCGGGUAUGGACGGAAAGGAAGAGUGAUUAUUCCGAUGACUAUCCUUUAUUUGGCUCUGAAGGGGAUUUUUAUGUCGUGUGGGUUAUCAGGCGAGAUAUGUUGUUCUUGGAGAAUCAAUUACCGAUACUUGUGCUAUUCAAGCUCCAAGGCAUCAAAGAGAAUGACAAGGUAGCCAUGGAGGAGUUGAACAGGCUGAUACUUCACUUCUUUGAAGAUCACAGUAACUUUGAAAUGGGCAAAAGCCUCCACAUCCUGGACCUCUAUCGAAAGAGUUUGCUUGUAAAGCGGUCCAAAUCCACUGAACCUCUUUCCAAGCUACCCUCUAGACAAGGACUCCACCCCAGCAUAUCAGCCACGGUGUUGAAUGAAGCUGGCAUCCGUUUCAGGAAGAGCAAAAUCAAUUACGGCAUGGACAUCUCCUUCGACGACGGCAUCCUGAGCCUCCCUGCAUUCUUUGUCGAGGACGCCACCGUAUCGACCUUCCUGAACCUCAUAGCUUUCGAGCGUUGCCACAUUGGAGACGACCACGCCAUUACUUCGUUCAUUUGCUUCAUGGGCGACAUUAUCUGCCACGAUCGUGACAUCGGCCUGCUAAUCUCCGAAGGGAUCAUCUUCAACUUAGUCGGCACCGACAAGGUUGCGGCCAAUUUGUUCCAUAUGAUGUCGAAGGAUUUGAUGAUAGAUCCCUCCAGUGACCUUUUCAGGAUGACUGACAGCAUCAUUUCCUACUGCAAUAAGCCGUGGCGUAAAUGGCGGGCCGAAUUGAUUCGUACUUAUUUCAGAAACCCAUGGGCGAUUAUUUCUGUCGUCUCCGCCGUCAUCCUCUUUACCCUCAAUACAUUGCAGACUGGCUUCACUGUGUACGAUGUCAUGCGUAAAUAA